CUUUCCUGGAGCCCCUUCAGGCACUGGAAGCUGCUCUAAGGUCUCCCUGGAGCCUUCUCUUCUCCAGGCUGAACACCCCAACUCUCCCAGCCUGUCUCCAGAGCAGAGCUGCUCCAGCCCUCCCAUCAUCUCCGUGGUCUCCUCUGGACUCACUCCAGGAGCUCCAUGUCCUUCUUGUGUUGAGGACUCCAAAACUGGACCCAGCACUGCAUGAGGGGUUGUGCAGCAGUGAAGAGGAUGCUCCCCAGUUCCCACCUCCACUGCUCUCUGCCAGCUUUUCUCAUUUAUGGUCUCAUAUUCCACGUUUGUGAACUGCAGCAAGCUCCACUCAACGUGACAGGACCCCCUGGCUCCAUCACCGUGGCCGUGGGCAAGGAUGUGGUGUUGCCCUGCCACUUCUCCCCGGGGCAGAGCGGGGACCUGGAGGUGACGUGGUUUCGGGAGCACUUCUCGCCCUUUGUGCAUCGCUACAAGGGGGGCCAGGACCAGUACGGGGAGCAGAUGCUGCAGUUCCAGGGCCGCACGGAGCUGCUGCGGGGCGGCCUUGCCAGGGGCAGCGUCGACUUGAAAAUUUUCCGUGUCCAGCUGUCUGACAGAGGGAAUUACACCUGCUUUAUUCACCGUGACUCAGAUUACGACGAGGCUGUGGUGGAGCUGAAGGUGACAGCCAGUGGCUCUGCCCCUGUCCUGGCCCUGCAGCAUUACCAGGAUGGGGGGAUCCGGGUGUCCUGCCGCUCGGCCGGCUGGUUCCCGCAGCCCCAGCUGCUGUGGCAGGAUCCCCAGGGCCAGCACCUCCCGUCCCUCUCGGAAAGUGUCACCCAGGACCAGAGCGGCCUCUUCACAGCAGAAAGCAGCAUCAUCCUUGCCAAGGGUGUGAGGCAGGAGCUCUCCUGCUCGGUCCGACAUGCCCUGAGCAGCCAAGGACAGGGAUCAGCUCUUCACAUCUUAGAUCCCUUUUUCCUGAACGCCCAUCCUUGGAUAACUGCCCUGGGCACUGUCCUGGUUGCUGUGGUUGCUCUUCUUAUUGUCACUGUUUAUCUCCUGAAAAUUAAAGGAAAGCAGGAGAAAAAAAUAGCGAUGCAGGAGGCAGCGCUACGGGAUCGUGAUGUAGAAAUUGAAAAGCAAGUUGGAGAACUUGCUUGGAGAAGAUACGCAGUGCCUAUAGAAGAAGUGAAGGUGGUCCUGGAUCCAGACACAGCCCACUGUGACCUGGUCCUGUCUGUUGACUGCAAAAGCGUGAAGCGCAAAGACACGCGGCAGGACGUCCCCGACAUCCCCCAGCGCUUCAACCCCUGGCGCUGCGUCCUGGGCUGCCAGGGCUUCACCUCGGGGAGGCACUGCUGGGAGGUGGAGGCUCUGGACGGAGGAGGAUGGACCGUGGGGGUCUCCAGAGAAGAUGUGAAGAGGAAGGGAGAAAUUGAGUUUAAACCAGAGGAGGGCAUCUGGGCAGUGGGGCAGUGGGCAGGGCAAUUCCAAGCUCUCACGGCCCCGAAUCGCACUCUUCUCCCUGAAAUCCAGACUCCCAAGCGGAUCCGGGUCUCUCUGGAUUAUGAAGAGGGUCGGGUGGCAUUUUUCAGUGUUGAUGAGGAGAUUCCCAUCUUCACGUUUCCACUCGCGUCAUUUGAAGGAGUAAGAGUCUACCCCUGGGUCUGGCUGGGUCCUGGGACAUGGCUCAAAAUGUGGCCCUGAUGAAGUGGAGGGAGUAAGAAAAGGCUUUUUUAGGGAAUCUCGGGAGUUCGGACUACAGGAGGGAUUUAGGCUGAAAGGAACUUGUGGAGUUUUCUGUUGCAACCACCUGCUCACAGCAGGGCUAACCUCAGAACUGGUGUAGGUGUCUUUGCACCUUGUUCAGCUGAACUGUGUAGGCUCUCCAAGGGUGGAGAACUUGUUACUUCUCUGGACUCUGUCCUGGUGCUGUACCUCCUUUGAGAGGAAGAAUUAACCCUUUCUUUUUGAACCAUAGAAUCACAGAAUGGUUUGAGUUGGAAGGGGCCUUUGAAGGCCACCUAGUCCAACCCCCUGCAGUGAGCAGUUACAUCUUCAGCCAGAUCAGGUUGCUCAUAGCCCCAUCUGGCCUGAACUUGAAUGUUUCCAGGGAUGGGGCUUGUACCACCUCUUUGGCCAACCUGUGCCAGUGUUUCACCAACGUCAUUAAAUUAUUUCUUCCUUAUAUCUAGUCUAAAUCUCCCUUGUCCUCUAACAACAGGCACAGCUAAAAAAUCUGUCCCAUCGUUCUUACAGGCUCCCUUUAAGUACAGAAAGGCCUCAGUAAGGUCACUUUGGAGCCUCUUCUUCCUCAGGCUGAACAACCCCAAGUCUCUCAGCCUGUCCUCAUAGCAGAGGUUCUCAAGCCCUCUGAGCAUCUCUGUGGCCUCCUCUGGACUCACUCCAACAGCUCCAAUGGUCAGUUUCCCCACUUGCUAGUCAUGACUGUCACCUUUCAUCCUCACUCUCUACCUGUUGGACAAUGCUUCAACAGAAAAAAUGCUCCUGCAACAGGGAUUACUUCUGAAAUGUACAGAAUAAAGUUAC